AUGUCACAGACACGUAUCCUGCCGAUGUAUCCGCCGACGGAUCGUAUAGGAGACGAUCAGAAACGUGAAAGAUGGUCGUCGCAAGUGAAACAGGUAGUGUGGUCCCAGAAUUAUCCACAAAGGCGCAAACCUAUCCUUACUAACUAUUGGAUUGAGGAUGAGCUGAAGAACCGUGGUCUCGUUGGCGAUAGCACACCACCAGCUGUAGCUAGUCAAAUCCUCGAAGAAAGGCGAAGCCUGACGGACGGGGAACGAUUGAUCAUGAGAAGGCUGACUGAAGUCGAAAACGAUAACUCCCGGCUGAAAACGAUGUACAACCAGGUCAGCAACGGUCUGAUGACUUUGCGAGGAUGGUUUGAUGGAUCGACCAAGGAACGACCUCGAAAUGCGGCAUCACAGAGGCUGGAUCGCAUACGAAGGGAACUCGAUGCCCUGACAAGUGAAUAUCGAGCCCGCCAUCCGGAUUAUACAGGUCUUGAAAGGGUUUCAUCGCCAGAGAGUCCUUAUAGUCGAGCACUUCAUCACUUACGACGGCCGGAUUCUCAGGUGCAUCGAGGCGUGAGAGGAAUGAACAAGGAAGUUGACGCGCUGAUCGCGACCUGUAAAUCAUGCGAGCAUCAAGACAUACUCGUGGAUUGGACCUAUGUACAGAGACUAUUCUUCUUGGCUGUAUAUACUCUCGUGGUGUUGGUCAUUUUGCUCAACCUCGGGUUCGAGCUAGACUUGAUUGAUUAG